AGUCAUUUUUGGAAGCUGAUGCUACGAGAUGUCCUGGCCAGUUUGGCGAUGUCGAUGAACUCCCAUCAACAUUUUUUGACGACAUGGAAAUCGAUGAUGAUUCCUCCCCGAUGGGUGGUGUACACCCCCAUUUGUCUGCAAAUGCACUCCUCGGUCGUCUUUCUUCGCUUCUCUGCCGCUUUCGACCCGACAAUGGUGAAACGGCCGAACUUCCGCAACCCUUAAAGCUUUCAGCGUUCUAUCCACACGCACUCCUUGCUCGCCUGUCCUCGCUCAUUCACCGCUCUCCACCUGAAAAUGAUGCACCAGACGAACUUCAGCAACCCUGCACGCCUUUGCGGUUAGAUCCGCAUGUACUCCUAGCUCGCCUUUCCUCACUUUUCCCCCGAUCUCGACUCGGCACAGACGAAGAAGCCGAACCCCAUCCCACAAUGCCUUCGGGUUCACGUCCAGAUGCACUCAUCAGCCGGCUGCCCUCGCUCUUCCGGUUUAAACCCCAUACCAACGGCAAAACCGAAUUCCCACAACUCUCAAGUCAUCCUCAUGUCGUUGAAGUAGCUGCAGUGCGGGACAAGCAGACUUUGGUUGUUGCUCGGGGGCCAAAAUUCGAGAAAGCAAAACGAGCAUAUGAGCAACAAACCCAAUCGCACGGUCGAACCCAGGCGUCGUUAUCGCACGUUCAGCAUGCCGAUGCUUCAACAUCCACAACACCUCCUGCUCCAGGUACUAGUACUACCACAGCAGAUGCAGCAACCUCACAGUCACUACACAUCCAAUGUUAGCGUUGCAGCAUUUGGACAACUACAUCACCUUUAUUUCCAGUUAUUCUGCA